AAAAAUUUAAAUAUAAUAUUAAGAUUUCUUUAUGAACGUGGGUACAAAUGUUAGUGAUGAAUGUGUGACCGAAUUCAAUAAUUUGAAGUUAGGCAAACAAUAUAGAUAUGUUAUAUUUAAACUAGAUAAAGAGAGAAAUGAAGUAUUUGUUUAUUGUAUAUUCUUUAGAUUGUUGUAGAUCAAAAAGGUGCAAGAGAUAGUGCUUAUGCUGAAUUUGUUAGUCAUCUUCAAAAUGAAGUAAAUUAAUUAUUUAAUUUAAAAGUCCCGAUAUGCUGUUUAUGAUUAUCAUGCUUAAACAGAUGAUGUUCCACCUAGAUAAGUUGAUAAAUUAGUCUUCAUAUUUUGGUCACCAGAUACCAAUCAACCAGUAAAACAAAAGAUGGCUUAUGCAGCAGGAAAGGAAGCAUUAAAGAAGAAGUUGAAUGGACUUUCCAAAGAAAUUUAAGCAAAUGAUCCAUCUGAAGUAGAAGAAGCUGAAAUCAAAAAGACAGUAUUGAAUUGAUAAUCAGAGUCAUUAAUUCUCUCAUAUGUAGAGAAUAUAUAAUAUUUUACAAUUCAACC